CUCUCUGUCGUAUCCGGUGGGGCAGCGGUCCAAGGCUGGGGGGAAAAAAAUCGAAGCGAGGAGGAUCUGGUAACGGUACGCUUCUAGAAAAAAAAAAACAUCCAUCCCGAGUCACCACAGAAGGACUCGGCAGAAUUUUUCUUCCUUUGUCUACAAAAACUAGAGGUCGCAGAGCGGCGUGGCACUUGUCGUCAUGGCUUCUGGAAGUACGAACAGCGACGAGGAGCGGAGCCUGAGGGAGUGCGAGCAGUACGUGCAGAAACACAACAUUCAACAGCUGCUGAAGGACUGCAUUGUCCAGCUGUGCACCUCCAGGCCCGACAGGCCCAUGGCCUUCCUGAGGGAGUACUUUGAGAGGCUGGAGAAGGAGGAGGCCAAACAGAUUCAGAACCAACAGAAGGCCAACGGUUCCCGUUCAGACUCCCGUGAUGAAGAGGUGUCUCCUCCCAUGAACCCAGUGGUAAAAGGUCGCCGGCGGAGAGGAGCCUUCAGUGCAGAGGUUUACACAGAAGAGGAUGCAGCCUCAUAUGUCAGAAAGGUUAUUCCAAAAGACUACAAGACGAUGGCAGCCUUGGCUAAAGCAAUUGAAAAGAACGUUCUCUUCUCCCACCUGGACGAUAACGAGAGGAGUGACAUCUUUGAUGCCAUGUUUCCUGUUACGUACAUUGCUGGGGAAACCGUUAUACUGCAGGGUGACGAAGGCGACAAUUUCUAUGUCAUCGACCAGGGAGAGAUGGACGUGUAUGUGAACAACGAAUGGGUGACCAGCAUUGGAGAAGGAGGCAGCUUCGGAGAGUUGGCCCUGAUCUACGGCACCCCGAGGGCGGCCACUGUCAGAGCCAAGACCAACGUGAAGCUGUGGGGCAUCGACAGAGACAGUUACAGGAGAAUACUGAUGGGAAGCACUUUGAGAAAGAGGAAGAUGUACGAGGAAUUCCUCAGGAAGGUGUCCAUAUUAGAGUCUCUUGACAAAUGGGAGCGUCUCACAGUCGCCGACGCAUUGGAACCUGUCCAGUUUGAGGACGGACAGAAGAUUGUUGUUCAGGGGGAGCCAGGAGACGAGUUCUUCAUCAUCCUAGAGGGUUCUGCAGCUGUGUUGCAGCGUCGCUCCGAGAACGAGGAGUUUGUGGAAGUGGGCCGAUUAGGACCAUCUGACUAUUUUGGUGAGAUCGCUCUGUUGAUGAACCGUCCUCGUGCCGCCACGGUGGUCGCCCGCGGCCCCCUGAAGUGUGUGAAACUGGACCGACCUCGCUUCGAGCGCGUCCUGGGUCCCUGCUCAGACAUUCUCAAACGUAACAUCCAGCAGUACAACAGCUUUGUCUCGCUGUCUGUCUGAAAUCCUCACCCUCUCCUCUCCUCUCUGCUCCUCUUCUCCUUCUGACCCAGGGUCCACCAAUGCAAUUUGCUUUUUUUGUCACUUUCUUGCUCUUUUUCUUUCUCUUUCCUUUCACUUUUUUUCCUCUUCUCCCUCUUUGUUUUUCACACUGAUCGUUUUAUCGUUACCACCCGUCGGGCAGAGGUGACUUUUAGCCAUUCACCAGCGCUUGUACCAGCUGCUGUUUGCUACCUUGUGGGCACAGUUCUGUCAUGUUACCUAUGUUAUAUUCUCUAUGUAUUUGCUGGUUAAUAAUGUUGUUGUUUUUUUUGUUUUGUUUUUUUGUUGAAAAUGUUAAAAAUAGGAUUGUUAUUAGAUCUGAGAGACAUUUGGGCCUCAGGCUGAUGAGACAGGACAAUCAACCUUUAGAUGGCGCUCUUGGUGAAUUUAUUACAGAUUUUAUCUUUAGUUAAGGUAUAAAAAACCUUAUUUUAUCCCCCCCUCUACAGUACCCUCUCCUGCGUUACACCCUAUGACCAUAAAAACAGUAGGGAUGUCAUCAUCCACCAUUGUGGCUCCUGAUCCUGAGUUACUGUCAAAAUAUAUACAUUUUUUUCAUUCAUCUUACCUGCAGAAGUCAUACUAACAACAGUAGUCCUCUGGUCAAGGGGAUAUAAAUAUACAUAUAAACAUAUAAUAUAUAACACACAUACCUAUACAAAACAUACACAUUGGUACAUAUAAACACACAUAUGCAUGUGUGUUUAUAUGUGUAUGUAUAUAUUUGUGUAUAUGUUCAUAUAUUUAUUUAUACACACAUAUAUACACACACAAUAAUCAGAAAAUGGCUAUAGAGUUAGUGUAUAAAGUAUCCAGCAGAGGGUGCUCUUUAGUGAAAGAUGACAGUGAUAGUAAGCGGUUGUGUUGUUGAAAUCGAAAAAAUAAAAAAUGAGGUCCAGACUAAUGUCAGGACUGUGAAAACACUUGAGGCCUGGAUGAGGACAUCCCUGCUGUACAGCAUGGAGCCGAACCUAAAAACUGUGAAGAGAUUAGAACUUGAAAUUCUGUUUUGAGGUUAUAGCUCUUGACAUGUGACGCUUCACUUUUUGUUGAUUUGAGGUCAUUGGUGUCGCUUCUGCUUUUUCCACAAAAGAGCUUUUGUGACUUCAGUUUAAUUGUGCAGCUACCAGGCUAGUGCCAAACCUUGAUGACUAUUGUUACAGAAUGAAGACGCCAUGGGAGUGAAGGGCGCACUCUUUUGCUUGGUUGAUUAUUUAAAGUUACAGACAGGAAGUAGCCCCCACUCACCCCUUUUUGCUGUCCACCUAAUCAGUAGAAUGACCGUAAAAUAACUGGCUUGAGGGAAAAGAAGACAUUAAGUAAGAAAGGACAGAGUAUUAUGUGUAUCUCAGUAUUCAUUUUGUUUUAGUCUUUACCAAACGACCUGCUCACUCUCCUGCUAUGGUUUAUUCUAGUCUAGUUAAAACGGAUCAUAGCGCUACUACUACCAUUGACUAAAUAAAAAAAUAUAUGGUUUGGAGUGAUGGUGAUCUUAAAAAAAUAUUUAAAUAUAUAUAUAUAUAUAUAUAUAAAUAAAUAUACGUUAAACUGUCUUUUGUAAACACUUAUUUUUCCAUAAAUUCUAUUUUAGGUGUCCAGUGCCACAGAGUAAAUAAAUGCUUCUUCUCAACAAAACAGUAUAUAAUUGUAUUGUGAAUAAAAUAAGUCAUGGGUUAGAACUUUUCAAAGGGUUCAUUACUGGUUUAUUAAAGUGAAGUCGUGAGGAAAAAUAAAAAACGGAUUUGUGGAUUUUUGAGGAAGUAUUUAUGUGUGGCAAGCAGACAACCGACGUCCGCAGAUAUUUAUAGACAAACCGUUGUCUUAUGUCGUUGCCCUCUUUGAAGCGGUGGCUGUCAUGCCAUCAGAUUAGCUUGUGAGCUGUUCUCUCUGCUUUUUCAACAUGAUCUGCUGUGACUGGGAGCGUGAGUUUGAUGGUUUGUCUGUCCAAUAUUUGAUUUGAUAAAUCCCGGCUUUACUGCUUCUUGAGUAUUUAGAUGGUAUACGAUGUUGAAUCUGUCGCUUCAUUUCUGGUAUUUCUGGUCUUCUUCACCAAAUGGCACACUGUUGACUCUUCAUUCCUGCCUCGUCUUUCUCUUUCCUUUGUUUCACUUGAACGCGCUUAGAACCGAUUCUGGUGUCGACCGCAGGGUAAUCAGGUUGGCAACGAUCAUUACCGUUGCCAGAAAUGAGUGUAUUUACAUUACUGUCCAUUUAAAGGAGAAGUCCAGCCGUUUGCAGAAGCUGUCACAGUUGUUCCCGGUUACACAGUUCUGUCAGGAGAAGAAAAACAAGGAUGUGGACAAGGAAGUGUUCUUUCACUGUUUUUUGGCUCAGCUGAUGCAUAGCUGAGGUUUAGGGAUGUACUGAACUCUUUACAUGCUCAAAAUAGUAUUACUAGUGCUGCAACAUGAAUAAUUGCUGUACUCACUGACUGUACUGAGUGACUGGGAACAGAAGUGCAGUGUGCUCCAAUCCGUCUCCUUUAGGUCCAUUCUCUUAAUAUUUUUCCUUCUGACCCUCAGGUUAAACUCGUUGAUGUGGUGACAUUCAGAUUUGUGUGAAUUAAACAUUGCGUCCUGUUUCUUUCUGACUCUAUUUUCAGAAUAGACCGUUUUCGUGUAAAUACAGUCGAGGCCGUUAUCAGUUGUUGCUUCUUUAUUUUUUUUGUCCCAGAAUGAUUUUAGCCACACUGCAAUCGUCCCGGUUUGCCUUAGCUUUCCUAACCUGGGCUUUACAGUAGUCGUUGUCGUCGUCUUCGUCAUGGUGGGUCACUCCUGCUAGCCCGACCUUCAGUGAGUUUAUUAGACCUGCAGCCUUAGAUGAAGUGCUGCAGGCAACCAGAGGACCAUUUGUUUUUCUAUUCUAUACCCUGUGUUCAGUUUGACCUGUAUGUGCAAAGAUGUUUAUCCUUUUGGUAUAGAUUGUUCCAGAUGGCAGUUUAAGCAAUAAAAAAGAGAAAAACCACAA